UGGAAGGCAUUCGUGUGAAAAAAAUUGCAGCAAUGUGAGCGUUCUAAAUAUACGAAAAUGCACAAAAUGCACGUUGUUGCAUUAAUUGCGCGUGUUGUGAUGUGCACAGUGCUACGAGUUUUGGACGUGUUCUAUCAUUGUCUUGUCAAUUGGCAUGCGUAAAAUUCUUGAAAAUAGAAUACUCAUACUUGAAACUAAUUGGCUGCUCUCAUUUUUUAUAUAUGCUAGUUCUAUUUUUGGUCGGCAAUAAGCUGGACCUGGCGCCGGGGAAGCGAAAGGUGGAGUACACGCGAGCGCGCGAUUAUAUCAAGAAGAUCACUGGCGACGAGACCGCACUUCUUGAGAUUUCCUGCCGCGACGAUGACGGCGUCAUUGAUGUGUUUUACGAGCUGGCCGGCCGGCUGGUUCGUCGACAGGAGGAAAGAAACAACAGCGAAAGCAAUGAGCGCGGUGGCUUGCUUGGAGAUGGCAGGGCGGGGGAGCGGCAGGACCGUCUUAAGCGGCCCAUCCGCCUCAGUGGCGGCGACUCUAGGGCCGGUGCAAUGCUUGGUGGCUGCUGCUGGUAAAGCUGGUUGGAGAUUGCCUACUUACUAUUUUUUUGAACUUGUCCCAUUUAUUCAUCAUCCAUCCAUCCAUUAAUUUUGCCAUCCUUCUCCGCCUCCGCCUUCGUCUGUUUCCGUUU